AUAAUAAUAGCUCUCUGCAUUUUCAUUAUUUGAAUAGGCUGUUUCGGGUAAAGUAGUCUAACCAAAAGUGAGACUCUACAAUUGAGUCACAUCCAAAUUUACAAUUUCAUCUUGAAAUGUUUUUUUUUUUAAUUCUAAUUUUUUUAGAAUUGUUAGUUUGCCCUUUUCUCAUUUUUUGUUUAAUUAACACUAGAUUGACAAGGUUUAAUAUCUUCUAAUCUGGAAGAACUUUAUUUCCUUGUAAACUGUUACUUUACCUUGAUCAUGUUCUAAUACUGAUUUUAUGGAAUCAUUUUAUUUCCAGGAAAAUAAAGGUGUAGGCCUAUAGUUAUAAAGAACACAAGAAACCAAAGUACACAAACAAAAAAAAUAUGACAAGUUUUGGAUGGAAAAGAAAAGUUGGUGAGAAGGUGUCCAAAGAAGCCUCUUCAAACUUUGAAAGUAAGACCGGAUUGUUGCAGGAAGAUUCCACAGGAGAAGAUGGUCACCAUGAAGACAAUCUGUGGGAUACUUUUUCCAAGAAAAGGAAGGUUUUGCUUCUUGAGGAUGCAGCCAGCAAGAGCCAACGCCUGAAAGCUGAAGGAGAGACACUGGCAGAUGCUGGAAGAUUCUGGGAGGCUUUGAACAAGUGGAAUGAUGCUCUUCAAUAUACCCCUGCAAAUGAACAUCUACAUGAAAUGAAAGCACAAGUGUUGAUGGAGUUGCAUGAGGUAUUCCCUGCCGUUGAAGCAGCACAGCAAGCCACAGUGUUAGCUCCCCAGUGGUGGGUUGCGUACCAGACAUUAGGACGUGCUCAGAUUGGGCUCGGAGAAAUCACCAUGGCUGUCAAAUCUUUCAGCAGGGCUGUACACAUGAACCCAGCUGAGCCUACUCUGUGGGAGGAGGAUCUAAGCUGGGCCUACUCACUGCGAGACCAACUUGGGGCAAGGACCAAGACCAGGACCAGAAAACGAGAGGGCCAAAAGGAGACCCAAGUGUUGGAACCGGUCGAGACAUGCGAACCUGGCACCGGUUCUUCUUUGAAUGCCACUGGGAGCACUUCAAGAUCAUCUGGAGUAGAUUGUGAGGAUGGGCAGGAGUUAGGAAGUGCAGCCAGGAAGACAGAGGAAGCUGAAGACCACAGUAUGGAAGAAGACACUAGGACAGUAUCAACACCUGCUGAUCGAAGUAGUGGUGAUGCAUCGUUCUGUAGAGAGGGUUUCAGGUGAAGGACUCAUCGGAUCAGUGAGCUGAUGUCAAAAUAAAUUUUUGGUGAAUUGAGGGUGAACAGCAUGGUCUGGAUAAUAACCAUGAUGAUGUUUGCAUUUGAUGAUCCAAACAACCAAUGGUGGUACAUGAUCCUGUAGAGAGGGUUACAGGUGAAAUUCAAAAGCGCCCGGAAUCUAACCAGGUCAUCAUUGCAUAUACUUUUAUCCAAGUUUGGUUACAGUCCACUCAACGGUUCUUGAGUUAUCACGGUAACGCAAAGAGGGACAGGCGGACAGUCCGAAAAUAUAAUGCCUUCGGUGGUGGAGGCAUUAACAAACUCUGUAGUGCUCGAGGAUGUAGGAUAAUGUUAAAGUGACUUGGUAACAUUGUUGAAGGUUGAUGGAAAAAAUUGCUUAAUUUUUGU